AUGGAUUUGGGAGCAGAGCAGCACGGCUGCGAGCAUUACACGAGGAGGUGCAGGAUACGGGCGCCCUGCUGCGGCGAGGUCUUCGGCUGCCGGCAUUGCCAUAACCAAGCUAAGAAUUCGCUGGAGGUGGACCUCCUCGACCGGCACGAAAUCCCCCGCCACGAAAUCAGUAAGGUUAUCUGCUCUCUCUGCAACAAAGAACAGGAUGUGCAACAGAACUGCUCCGGUUGCGGGGCAUGCAUGGGAAAAUACUUCUGUGAAAAAUGCAACUUCUUUGACGAUGAUAUCUCAAAGAAGCAGUACCACUGCGAUGGAUGCGGCAUCUGCAGAACUGGCGGCAUAGACAACUUCUUCCACUGCGAAAAAUGCGGGUGUUGCUACAGCAAUGUUUUGAAGGACUCUCAUCAUUGUGUGGAACGAGCAAUGCAUCACAACUGCCCUGUCUGCUUCGAGUACCUAUUUGACUCGACUAUGGACAUCAGCGUACUGCACUGCGGGCACACGAUCCAUUUGGAAUGCCUGAACGAGAUGAGGGUUCAUCACCACUUCUCGUGCCCGGUCUGCUCACGGUCGGCCUGCGACAUGACCGAUGCAUGGCAGAAGCUCGACCAGGAGGUCGCCGCCACGCCGAUGCCAGAGUUCUACCAGAAGAAGAUGGUAAGCCACAAACUUUUUUUUUGCGAGGUAUGGAUCCUCUGCAACGACUGCGGGGCGACGUCGAGCGUGCGCUUCCACGUCCUGGCGCAAAAGUGUCCUGGGUGCAGCUCCUACAACACCAGGGAGACGAGGGGCGGCCCGGCUAUAGCGGCGUGCUCCAGAGUCUGA